AUGCUGCGGUGGGGACGACAGCUGUUGCUGCUGCUGCUGCUGGCGCAGCAGCAACGGCUGCAGCCAGGCCAGCUGUGGGCCUCGCAGCAGCAGCAAGAGAAGCUGCUCUCAAUGCUUCCAGGGGCUGCAGCAGCAACGACCAGUGCAGCAGCAGCGCAGCAGCAGCAGCAGCAGCAACGACCAGUGCAGCAGCAGCGCAGCAGCAGCAGCAGCAACGACAAAUUUCGCAGCUCCCCUAGACCAGGCUUCUAUGCGGAUUGGGAUGAGGGCUGGUUUCGCCUUCGUCCUUGCGGCAGUCAGCAGCAGCAGCAGCAACAACAGCAGCAGCAGCAGCAAGGGGAGCCCAGUGUGGGUCCUGCCUCUUCUUCUGUCAACAAUUCCCUUUUCUCGCGCCUGCAGCGCUUCUGCUGCCUCGCCAGCCCCGCAGCAGCAGCAGCAGCAGCAGCAGCAGCAGCAGCAGCAGCAGCAGCAGCAAAAUGGAUGAAGACCUCACCCCCCCGCGGCCCCGCCAGGGGGCCCCUGGGGUCCUCCGCGGGGGCCAGCGAGUACGGAAGUACCCCCCUGGCCGUGCGGAGAGUGAAGUUCGCGCGGGCGGACUUGGGAGAUAUGGGGAGAGAGUUUUUGCUGCUGGACGCGGAGAUGCAGCGGCUGCCGGAGUUGCCGCGGGAAGUGGUGGGGCCGGACUUGGAGAAGGCUUUCGAGAGGUUUCUGGAGACCUUCGUGCUCGAGGACUACGCGGGCUUGGUGACGGCGUCGGAGGAGGACCUGGAGCUGUCUCGGGGGGAGUGGGGCGAGGACUCUGGGAUCGGGAUCGGGAUCGGGGAUCGGGGAUCGGGAUUGUACAUGCGGAAGUUGCUGCGGUUCCUGGAGUCGCGGGGUUGUGGGGAGCGGCUGGCCUUUGGGGUGUCUCUACAGCACUUGCAUGCGUUCGACCCCACACUUUUUGCUGCUGUUCAAAACGCCCCACAAGACGCAACAGCAGCAUUUGACGCGCUGCUGCGCAGCAAGUUUGCGCAGCUCCGCGAGCUCCACGGGCUUUUCCUCGAGCCCUCCAACAAGCACGACGAGCUGCUUCUCCAGCAGGCAGG